CUUGGACACGUGCCUGUCAUGCGGUAUUGAUGCAGAGAGAGCGUCUGCAGGUACCCGUCUGCUCCGACCAGCGCAUCCCGCACUCAUCGCCCUACCUCCUAUGUACAGAGUGACGACAACAUAGUCUCCCUCUAUUCCUCUCUACCUACUACCUACAUGUACCUGAGAACUACCAGGUACCACUACUGGGCAUAGACAGAUCAAGCACCGUACCAUGGCCGCCAUCGCUGCCGCCACCGCGACCGCCGCCCCCAGCAGAGCAGAAGGGACUCGAGCGCCCACCGCGAGCACACUCCGCGAUGCCAUGACGCCUAUGAGCGACGCCCCCGUCGUGCCCAUCCUGCUGCUGGGCGACUCGGGCGUGGGCAAGUCCACAUUCAUGUCCCGACUCACCAAAGGCCACGCCCAUCGAGGCCCUCUCCCCCAACUCCGCGACAUGGACCAACCCUUCACCUUUGACAUCCGCAUGUACAACCGACCCUACCGCUUCGAAUUCUACGACACCGCCUCACCCGAACAUUACACGCUUUUAAAACCCGCCAUGAUCAUCUUAUGCUACUCCAUUGCCGAUCCUCGCACGUUGAAAUCCUUGCAUACGACCUGGAAAGUCGUGGUAGAAACACAUUUCAACUCGGAUGAAUCAUUGCCUGUUGCGAUCUUGGGUUUGCAGCGCGAUGUGCGAGGGAGAGAGGAUUAUGGGGGUACAGUGAGGAAAGCUGCUGCAUUGAAGGAGGAUGAUGGGGAUGAUGGGGAAGAAGGAAGGUCUGAAAAUGAUAAUGAUGAUGAUGAUGAUGACAAAACUCUUCUAAACGGUCGCACGUUUGUAUAUCCUCAAGAAGCCCUACGCAUCGCACAGGAGAUGCGCUGCGACAUGUACGCAGAAUGUUCGGCGCUCACGGGCGAGUUGUGUGAGGCGGUAAUGGAAGAUAUUAGUCGCCGAGCGGGCAAGACGACGACAGCGAAAGGGGGCCGCACGGAGGGGACUGCUUGUGUGAUUCUUUGAGAUCAACAUGUGCUGCUUCUGCUAUGUCCCUAAGGAUCUAUAAUUGAUGAACGCGAUGUGGAUGUUUGUGAAGUGAAAACGAC